AUGGAAGAAAUUGAAGAAAAAUAUAAAAUAAUAAUCGACGCUUUAUAUGAUACCUGGUCUAAUGACCAUGAUAAAAGAAAGGAAUCAGAAAAGAUUUUAUAUGAAAUAGAAAAAGACGAGAAAUUCAUCAUAUGUCUGUUUGAUAUAUAUACCUCUAAAAGUAUUCAUUAUAAUAUUAGGAAAUUAGGUAUAAUAUAUUGUAAGAAUUUGAUAGUACGUUAUUGGAAUAAUAGAGAUGGAUUUCAUUAUAGUGACAAUACAAAAAAAAUAAUAAAAAAGAAAAUACUGGAUAUAUUAAAUAAUGUAGAAUAUUUAAAUAAUUAUCGUGAGUUCAGUAUUUUAUUAAAAAGGAUAUCUAGAUAUGAAUUGGUUCAUAAUUAUCCUGAAUUAUUAGAUUGUCUAUUAUAUAAUAUUAAUAUACAUAAAACAAAUAUUAAUAAUAUAUAUAUAUAUAUCUAUUUACUUUAUAAAAUAUUAAGAGAACAAUAUAGUAAAAAAUUGUUUAAAGAUAAAAAAGAAACAUUUGAUAUUUCUGAAAAGUUUAUCAAAUCUCUUGAAUUUUUUUGGAAUAAUUCUAUUAAUUUAUAUUUCCAAAAUAAUGCAACUGAUAUUUUUUGUAUGUGUAAUGAUGAAAAAAAUUGUAAUAAAUGUAAAAAUUUAAAUUCAUUAAUUAAUUUAUAUGAAAAACAAUUAUUUGUUUCAAAUGUCGAUGAUACUAUUAGAAAUGAAGGAACCGCGAAUGAGAAUAUUCCUGAGGAUGAAAAUUAUUAUAUACAUGAUAAAAAGAUACAUAUGAUGAAAUAUUUAGAUAGUAUAAUUCUUAAUUUAAUUAUUAAUAGGAACGACAUAAAAAAGGUUAAUAAUUAUGUGAAUUCAAAAAUGUCAAAGGAAAAUAAAGGGGAUCAAGAGAAUAAAGUGGAUCAAGAAUAUAAAGUGGAUCAAGAAUAUAAAGUGGAUGCAGAAUAUAAAGUGGAUCAAGAAUAUAAAGUGGAUGCAGAAUAUAAAGUGGAUCCAGAAUUUAAAGUGGAUCAAGAAUAUAAAGUGGAUGCAGAAUAUAAGGUAGAUUCAGAAUAUAAAGAGUGUAAGGAAAAUUACAAAAAUAAGGAAAGUCCAAAUAGUAGUAAUAAUACUACUACUACUAAUAAUAAUAAUAAUAAUAAUAACAAUAAUAAUAAUAAUGUUAAUGUUAAUGUUAAUGAUACCGAUUUGAAUAUAAGAACCAAUUUUUUGAAUGCCUUUAUCAACAAAAUCAUAUACUACUUAAAAUUUAUUAACAACAAUUCUGCAAGCUAUUAUUUAAAAUAUUUGAAAUUUUUAUUGACUUCCUUUUUCCUUAUGAUAGAAUUUCAUACUUCUUUCCACGUUUACUUAAAAAAAGACAUAACAGAGAAGUUAAUAUGUUUAUUUUUAAAAAAAAAUUUAAGUUUAAAUAAUUAUACGAAUGAUUAUGAACAUAAGUUUAUAGAGAUAGUAAAUUUGUGUAUAUCUAUUUUGAAGUCCAUUUUUUAUCAUUUCUGUUUAAAUCAAUAUAACUUAAUAAAACAAAAAAAAGUAAGAGAAAAUUAUAUAAAUGUAAAAAAUAUAAUGUGUAAUAAAAAUAUUAAUAUAGAAAAUUACAAUGUAAAUACGUUAGAAUCUAAAAUAAUUAACAAUUUUAUGAUUAAUGUAAAAAGUAUGGAAAAUGAGAAUAAUAUUCUUUUUAAUAAAAAUUUAUCAUUAAAAGAUAUCUUAACAUAUAUAAGAGAAGAAGUAAAACAGGCUUUAUCAAAUGAUGAAUUUAUAUUAAUUCAUAAUGAAAAGGCUUUAGAAAUAUUUUAUUUUUUAAGAAUAUAUUGUAUUAAUAUUUCCUCAGAACAAAUAAUUGAGGUUACAUUAAAUAUUAGAGAUGAUUAUGAAACAGAAGAAAAUAUAUUUUAUAAUAAUGCAAAAGAUUGUAUUAUUGAACUUUCUUCUGAACCUUUUUUAUUUUCCAUAUUUCAUCAUUUCUUUGAACCAUUAAUUAAUUCAUUUCAUAAUUAUGUCCACUUUUUAAAAGGUUUACCAGUACAUUUAAAAAAUAUACAAAUACCAGAAUUUUCAUCAGCAAUUAUACAGUUAGAUGGAUAUUUAAAUAUUUAUUAUAUUUUAUAUCCAUCAUUUCAUAAAAAAAUAAAAAUUGAACAUAUUUUAUGUAUGAUACGAUUCUUUAUGGAUUUCUUAAAUAUUAAAUAUACACACCCUUUAAUUAGUUAUCGUAUAGCUUUAAUAAUAAAAAUAUGGACUAAGUGUUAUAAAACAUCAUUUCCAUUUAUAGAGGAUCUUAUAUUACUUAUAUAUGAAAAUAUUCGCUUUUUAUAUAUACAACUAUUACAAAAAAAUGUGGUUUCAUUAAUCACAGAAAAUAUCCCUUCUUAUGUUAAUGAUAUGACGUUUCAACAUUAUGCUAUAAAAUCAGUCAAUUUUCUACCUAUACUUUUUUUCAAAUUUAUAUCUUUAUUUAAGUAUUUUUUCAAGUAUGAGUAUGUAUACAAAAAUUAUGAUUACAUAAAUGAGUUUCUGGUUUCCUGUCUGAUAAAUGUGUUGACUAAGAUAACUUAUCCGAAAAAUAUCCAAAAGAUUUUAAAGAUCCUUAGUCAUAUUGUAUUUAUGAGUAAUAAGGAAAAGGACAUAACCAUAUUCAAGGAUAACUACAACUUUUUAUUAGAUUUAUACAUGAAUAGCAAUAUAUCAAUUAAAGAGUAUAUCUUAAAUAUCCUAGUACAAAUAUUAAAUAAGAAUUAUGAAUAUGUAGGUAGUUUGGUAGAAUAUAUGAACAAAGAAAAUUAUCAUAAUGAUAAUAACAAAGUAGGUGUUAACGAAAAAGUAUGUGAUGAUAUCGUUUUAUUUUAUUUUAGUUAUGAUAUAAUAUUAUAUACAUUAUCUGCAAAGAUAGAAAAACAACCAUUUAAAGAUAAUAUAAUUUUUAACCAUCCACAUAUUCCAAGUGAAUAUAAAGCUAAUCACAAUAUUAAUAAUGAUAUAACUAGUGAUAUAAAUAGUGAUGUGAAUAAUAAUAUUAAUAACUUUCAGUUCAAUAAUAUUUAUAAUAAUUUAAUAAAUUUUCCAUACAUUAAAGAAAUAAAUCUAGAUAUUGAUAAGACAAUAAGUGAUAACUUUUAUUCGUUGUGGAUAUGUAUCCUAAAAUUAAUAUACAAAAUGUUUCAUCAAAAAAAAGAAGAAAUAGUAAAGAAGAUAUGUUCUUUUUAUAUAGCAACUAUUAAUUAUUUAUAUGAAUAUUUUAAAAAUCAGACAUUAGGAAAAAUAUCAUAUGAACUAUCAAAUUUGUGUUUAGAUGUUGUUAUUGAAUAUAUGUGUUUAUUUAUUAUUCAUGAAACACAUAAUUUUUAUUUAACAUAUGAAUCUAUAAAUAUUAAAAUGUUAACUAACGAUAUAAUCAAAAGUACUAUUUUAAAAGUGGUUGAAUUUAAUUUUAUUUUAAAUGAUGAAAUAAAAAUAGAAAAAUGUAUAUAUAUAUUACACCUCUGUUUAAGUAUAUACAAAAAUGAUAUGAAAAAUGAAAAAUCAAUUAUAUACACAUAUAUAGCUCAAUUUGUAAUUAUAUAUUUAUUAAAAGUUUUAUUGAAAUAUUUUAGUAAAUAUUUCAAUUUCUAUAAUUACAUCCAACAAAAUCAAAACAAAAGGGCUGAACGAAAUGAUGCAAAUAAAAAUUAUAAUCUUCAUAGUAAUAAUAAUAAUAAUUUUAAUGAUGAUGUUCAAAAAAACGGUAACGUAAUUUUUGAUGAAUAUAAAACUAUAGGGGAAGAAAAAUCGAAUAGAAAUAAAAAUAAUAUACCAGAUAUAUCAUUUGACCUACAAGGUAAUAAUACAAAUAAUUAUUAUUUGAAUCAUUUCAAGAAUGAUGUAAAUAAUAAUGAUAAUGAUGAUAAUAAUAACAAUAAAAAUAAUGACAAUAAUAAUGAUGAUAAUAAUAAUAAUAAUAAUAAUAAUAAUAAUAAUAAUAAUAGUAGUAGUAAUAGUGAACAAAUAAAUAAUAAAUUGAAUCAAUGUAAUAAAAAUCAUAUUAAAUACAUAUAUGAUAAUAUUAUAAAUUAUCAACAUGAUGAAAAUUUUUUAAAUGAAUUUACGCAUUUUCAAAAUGAUGUCAAAAAACUCUUCAAUAUAAAUUAUAUAAAUGAUUAUGAUAUUACUAAAACUUUUCUUAAUUUUAAUUUUUCAACAAUUAAUGAAGAUAAUUAUAGCUAUAUAAAUAAACAUAGCGUCUUUACUUUAAUUUCUAUUUUAUCUUUAUAUGAACCAAACUAUCUAAAUUAUAUUUUAAUUACAUUCUUAACAUAUUUCAAAAUUAAUAUCCCUAUCUUUAUCUUUUCCUUUUUCUACCAAUCACAAUAUAUUCAUAAUAAAAAUAUACUCAAUUCAUUACUUAUUUUUAUUUAUAUAUUAACACAAAAUUAUAUAUUAACACCAUUCCCAUCCAUUUUUCUUCAAACAAAUUUCCCAAGUAUAACAAAUACUCAAAGUUUUGAAAAAUUAAUGUACGAUACAAAUAAAAAUAAUCAUUUGUUUACGUGCAACAAGGAUGAACAUACUUUGUUAAUCAUAGAAAUAUUGAAAUUAAUAAAUAAUAUCCUAAAUACAAAUAAAGAUAUUUAUAUAGAGAAAAAAAAUAUCCUUCACCUCAGUACCAUAUCCACUAAUUUAAAUGGAACCAAAAUAUUCCACUCUUAUAAUUAUAAUUACAUCCUCAGAAAAGUAUUGAAAUAUGACGAUUUUGCUAAUAUAUGUAGCAGAGCUCUAGAUAAUAUAUUGACAUAUUUAAUUGAUACCAAUAAUGUAGAAGAUAACAAUAGAAAAAAUAUAAUUGUGAAUUAUUUGAAAGAUAACAUUGAUGAUAUGAAUAGUGCUAUUGUUGAUAUGUAUAAAAAGUAUAAAAAUUUUUUUUAA